UGACACUGAGCUGCUCUGUGCAGAGCUCUGAUGGAUGGAAAUAUGAGUGGUUCAGAUGAACCCAAACAACCACUGAAGUUCACAUGAGAGAUCAACAAAACAGAGAUAUCAGAGUAUCUCAAGGAGGAAUCUACAGCUGCAGAGGAACAAGAGGAAACCCAGUUUACUACACUGAUAUAAGUGAUGUUGUCACCAUUGAGAAAACCAUUUCCAAUAAAGUUGUUGUAAAACAACAACCCAACUGGCCUCAGAUAUUCAGAGGUGAGACGAUCACUCUGACAUGUGAGGUGCAGGAAGGAGGUGAAACCACUGAGUGGGAGUAUGAAUGGAGAGGACCCAGCACACCCACACAGUGGACACACAAUAAUGAUGUGACAUUCAGAGUUUCUGAGUCCAGCAGUGGAGACUACAUGUGUAAGAGUCGACGCAGAGAUGACUCAUAUUCUUCAACAGAGUGGAGUGAAGCCUUCACAUUGUCAGGAUCAAAUAAACCCAGGGCCACACUGACAGCAGGAACAACAAUCAUACCAGUAGGGGGCAGUGUGACACUGACCUGCUCUGUGCAGAGCUCUGAUGGAUGGAAAUAUGAGUGGUUCAGACGAACCCAAACAACCUCUGAAGUUCAAAUCAGAGAUCAAGAAAACAGAGAUAUCAGAGUAUCUCAAGGAGGAAUCUACAGCUGCAGAGGAACAAGAGGAAACCCAGUUUACUACACAGAUAAAAGUGAUGAUGUCACCAUUGAGAUAACCUUUUCCAAUAAAGUUGUUGUAAAACAACAACCCAACUGGCCUCAGACAUUCAGAGGUGAGACGAUCACUCUGACAUGUGAGGUGCAGGAAGGAGGUGAAACCACUGAGUGGGAGUAUGAAUGGAGAGGACCCAGGACACCCACACAGUGGACACACAAUAAUGAUGUGACAUUCAGAGUUUCUGAGUCCAGCAGUGGAGACUACAUGUGUAAGAGUCGACGCAGAGAUGACUCAUAUUCUUCAACAGAGUGGAGUGAAGCCUUCACAUUGUCAGUAUCAACAGAUAAACCCAGGGCCACACUGACAGCAGGAACAACAAUCAUACCAGUAGGGGGCAGUGUGACACUGACCUGCUCUGUGCAGAGCUCUGAUGGAUGGAAAUAUGAGUGGUUCAGACGAACCCAAAGAACCUCUGAAGUUCAAAUCAGAGAUCAACAAAACAGAGAUAUCAGAGUAUCUCAAGGAGGAAUCUACCGCUGCAGAGGAACAAGAGGAAACCCAGUUUACUACACUGAUAAAAGUUAUGAAGUCACCAUUGAGAUAACCUUUUCCAAUAAAGUUGUUGUAAAACAACAACCCAACUGGCCUCAGAUAUUCAGAGGUGAGACGAUCACUCUGACAUGUGAGGUGCAGGAAGGAGGUGAAACCACUGAGUGGGAGUAUGAAUGGAGAGGACCCAGGACACCCACACAGUGGACACACAAUAAUGAUGUGACAUUCGUAGUUUCUGAGUCCAGCAGUGGAGACUACAUGUGUAAGAGUCGACGCAGAGAUGACUCAUAUUCUUCAACAGAGUGGAGUGAAGCCUUCACAUUGUCAGUAUCAAAUAAACCCAGGGCCACACUGACAGCAGGAACAACAAUCAUACCAGUAGGGGGCAGUGUGACACUGACCUGCUCUGUGCAGAGCUCUGAUGGAUGGAAAUAUGAGUGGUUCAGACGAACCCAAAGAACCUCUGAAGGUAAAAUCAGAGAUCAAGAAAACAGAGAUAUCAGAGUAUCUCAAGGAGGAAUCUACAGCUGCAGAGGAACAAGAGGAAACCCAGUUUAUUACACUGAUAUAAGUGAUGAUGUCACCAUUGAGAAAACCAUUUCCAAUAAAGUUGUUGUAAAACAACAACCCAACUGGCCUCAGAUAUUCAGAGGUGAGACGAUCACUCUGACAUGUGAGGUGCAGGAAGGAGGUGAAACCCCUGAGUGGGAGUAUGAAUGGAGAGGACCCAGGACACCCACACAGUGGACACACAAUAAUGAUGUGACAUUCAGAGUUUCUGAGUCCAGCAGUGGAGACUACAUGUGUAAGAGUCGACGCAGAGAUGACUCAUAUUCUUCAACAGAGUGGAGUGAAGCCUUCACAUUGUCAGUAUCAAAUAAACCAAAGGCCAAACUGAGAGCUGAUAACACAGCUGUUCCAGUAGGGGGCAGUGUGACCCUGACCUGCUCUGUGAACCCAUCAUCAUCAUCUGGAUGGAAAUACUACUAUUACAGAGAUGAGAACUCCUCUGAAGCCCUGACCACACAAGAUGCAGUUUUCCACUCAAAUGGACAAAUCAGUGUCUCACAGGAAGGACUCUACAGGUGCAGAGGAGGAAGAGGAAACCCAGUUUACUACACAGAGGACAGCCAGUCAGUCAGGAUUGGGAAAACUGCAGCACCUGAGCCUGAAAGCUCUUCAUUUCUCACUCCUUUGAUUGUUGGACUCGUUUGUGGAGUUUUACUGAUUCUUCUUCUGCUGCUGUUGUGUCGCUUCAAACAGGAUUCAUUCUUUACCAGGACUCGGAGCACAAAUCAGAGCUCUGCAAUGAACCACAUGAUCAAGGAUGAAGGUCAACACAGUCGACAUGCUUCUACUGUCCAAGGUGAUGCUUGUGUUUAUGAAUCAAUCAAAGACCACGAUGACACACAAAAUGAUGACAGUGUGUUGUAUGCACAGGUCUCCCAAGAUAGAGCUAAAACCAAGAAAGACAACGAUGACAGCCUGUUGUACACACAGGUCUAUCACAAUAAAGCGAAACCGAAGAGACACAAAGGGAAACCAGCUCCUGCAGCAGCUGAUGAAACAGUUUAUUCUGAAGUUAAAUCACAAACAGCUCUGGAUUAAUAGCAAGAUCUGCAAAACCAACUGGAUCAGUGACAAAACUGAGUUUCACUUGAAUUUAAGAGAUCGUUGGAGAAAUUGAGAUUAUGCACUGUUUUAUAUAAUAAAGUAAAAUUAAAAAAAUCUUUCAUCAUAAUAGCCCAAGUGAUAAGCUGGCUUUGAGACCAGGAUGCUUUGCACACAUGAACAUUCAUUGAACUGCAAGUGUUGUUACAUGUUCACUGCUAAAUAAAUAAAUAAAUAAAAAUACAAAUAAACAACAUCUUGAAAUCAAAAUAAUCAACCUACAGGGGGCUGAAUUUUGAUACACAUCAAAGUGAACAAAAAAAAUGAUGCAGACCAUUUUGUCAAAAUUUCAUUGCACCAACUCAAAAUUCUACUGAGUAGUCAGUUUGUCCUCCAUGGGCUUGUAUGCGUUCCUGACAAUGUUGGAGCAUACUCCGCAAGAGAUGAUAGUGUCCUGGGGAUCUCCUCCCAGAUCUGAACCAGGGCAUCUGAGCUCCUGGACAGUCUGAGCUGCAUCCUGGCAGCUUCAGAUGGAGAGAAGCAUAAUGUCCCAGUUGGAUUUUGGUCAGGCAAGUGUGGGGGCCAGUCAGUGGUAUCAAUUCCUUAAUCCUCCAAUAACUGCCUGCAUACUCUCAACACAUGAGGCUUUGCAUUGUCAUACCACGAGGAACCCAGGACCCGCAGCACAAUAGGGUCUGACAGUGGGUGACAAACUCUUGAGACUGUGCUAGCAAACCUGGCAAUUGCAUGCAUUGAACUGGCAUCCUAGAGAAGCUAGACUGCCUGUACAACCUCUGUAGCAUCCAGGGAUUGUUUCAUCUCGUCCUACCAGUAACGAUGAUCACUCUAGCCAAAUGUAAAACUAGUGAAAAAGA